UCAGUUUGCCUGAAGCUUUCUUCGCGCGUCGUCCUACCGAUGAUGAAUCGGCGCGCCCUCUUUGAUGUGUGCUUUGAACUCGAAUUUUUUUGACCGUCGAGUUUUCCCCGAAAUUCGGGCCUGCAGCGACCCAAAGUGUUGCAUUGAAAAACCUGAUCAGCCGGUCUGGAAAACGGGCAAAACAAUGUAAAAUCGACGGUACCAAGCGCGAAUUUCGAACCAUUCAAAUCGACCAAUCGCAUUCGGCAUGGAGAACCCGGACUCGCCUGAUUCGCUGGCCAGCGAUCAGCUGACCGUCGAUUUACUGAGACCGGCGUCGCGACGACGCCGUCUUGUCAUCGUGAGCGAGGACGAGCGUCGGGACGCGCGACAAACACCCGACGCUCCCAACAACAACAACGACGUCGGUUUCGUUUUGAUGGACGAAGAACCGGGCGAAAAUGGUACCGAGGAGGACGAUGAGGAGCGUUUGACAACGGGGCCGCACGGUUCGCUGGCGCUCAGUGGCGGUUCGCCAGGUUACGGGGCAGGAGCGUCGGGAGGGGGCGGCCGCGGGGCGGCCGGCAGCCUGCACCACGCAGCCGCCGCCGCCGCCAUGCAACACCAGCUGCCGCAGCCCGACUUUCAGCCGCCCUAUUUUCCGCCGCCAUUCCACCAUGCCGCCCCCAGUCCGCCGCCGCAGCAGCAUCUAGAGUACCUGACCGAUCCGUAUGGCGGCCUGUCCGGGUUGCACCACUACAACCAGCUGGGUUUGAGGAGAGAGGGCGACCCAAACCAUGCACAUGUCAGCCAGUUGGGCCAUGGCACCAGUUUCCCGUACAGUGCGCCAGGGGGCGGCCGCCCCGACUACUCAGGGAUUCCCCAAAGACAUGACGACCCCCUUUCGCUCCACCAAGCGCUCGGACAAGCCGUGGAGGACGCUCAAGCCGGUAUUGACGACAACACGGGCUUCAUUACCGAUUUACCGUUGCUCAAAGGCAUGAAAGGGGGUAAGGAUCAUUCGGGCGCCAAUGCGAUGGUGUCUCCUAGUGACGUGUUCUGUUCGGUGCCCGGUCGCUUGUCAUUGCUGUCAUCCACGUCAAAAUACAAGGUGACGGUCGGCGAGGUGCAACGCCGAUUAUCACCGCCAGAGUGCCUCAAUGCGUCCCUGCUGGGCGGCGUUCUUCGUCGCGCGAAAAGCAAAAAUGGUGGACGCAUUCUCAGGGAGAAAUUGGAGAAAAUCGGUCUCAACCUGCCGGCCGGUCGACGGAAAGCCGCCAACGUCACUCUGCUCACCUCCCUAGUAGAAGGUGAAGCCAUUCAUCUGGCCAGAGACUUUGGAUAUGUGUGCGAGACGGAAUUUCCUGCGCGCCAAGUAGCCGAGUACCUGCUGCGUCAACACGGAGAAACGCCGCGCAGAAAAGAACUGCUCCAAGCCACCAAACAAGUGACGAAAGAACUGAUGGACUUGCUCAAUCAAGAUCGAUCGCCGUUGUGUAAUACGCGACCGCAAAUCCUUCUGGAUCCGUCAAUCCAGCGGCAUUUAACGCACUUUUCGCUCAUCAGUCACGGAUUCGGCAGUCCCGCGAUAGUGGCUGCGCUCACCGCCAUCCAGAACUUCCUCAGUGAAAGUUUGAAACAUUUGGACAAAGUGUUCCCAGGACAGAACUCGGGUCAGCAGGGCCAGGGCAUGCAUGUCACGUCUAGUCUGGACAAGGCCAAACUCGACGACAAGAACAAGUGAUGUUGUAUUUCUACGAGACGAGCGUUUUCGCAUUCCAAUAACGGCGAAGAAUCGAGACAACGCCAGUGUUUAGAUCAGUGUUGUUUGGAUGUAUAUUUUUGUCCUAGGCCUAAGUUUCACGCAGGUGAAAACAUAUGUUUUUUAAGAGUUUUUUCUUUACAUAUAGAGAAAGUUGAAAAUCCUGCCAUGUAAUAAAGUGAAUCUUAUCACCGAAUGGUAUCAAAUGAACCAAAAUACAUUCUUGUACCACA